AUGACCUCCGUCUGCCCGACACCCACUUCCCCGCCCGAAUUGUCCGGGUCCAAAUCUUCCAAAUCCUCCUCCUUUCAUUCUUCACAGAUCGAUGGUGCCGGUGGCAUCUUUACGGACAUCUCCAAUUUUGAAGACAUUGGCCUAGAGGACGAUGCGGAGCUCAAGAUUGACGACCCCUCCACCCCUUAUGCUCGAGCCGGCUUGACCGGGCGGUCGUCCGCCGCCAGACUGCCCAGCAAAAGUCCAGCAACUGCGACACGCGAUUUGACCGCGACGCCAAAACCGCGGAAACGAAAUCCCCUUCCUCCUAUUCAUAACCAAAUCAAUGGAGCCACCCGCGCACCACCAUCUACGGGUUCCCUGUCAGCACGGUCUUCUAAAAGGAGGGAUUCGGCGAGCACACCCAACUCCGGCGGCUUGACUCCAUCCCAACCCCGUAGAUCACGAUCAGUCUCCCCGUUACGACCAAUGUCCAGCCGAUCCGCCUCGUCUACCAGUCUCGCCCUGUCUCCGCUCUCGGCACGUACACCCACACAGAAGCAGACAUGGCAGCCAAAUCGCAAGACCGUGAAGGAUCUUGAAGAGGAGUACCAUGAUUCUGAUGAUGAGCUUCCCGAUGAUGCCAGUCUGUGGAAUAUUCCUAUCUCUCCACGCCCAGUUCAAGAUCGCCCGAAGUCUCGCGGCACAAGUCCGAGUGGCCGUAGUCCCGGCCCAAGGCCUUUGCCGAUAUCACAUACCGUUUCUGACACACCCAUUGAAAAUCCUGCCGCCAAUGCCUCCAGAGCAGCUCGCAUGAGGAGAGCACCGCAGCGAUCGAGCUCUGCGGGACCCGAACGGGGCCAAUUAUCGCCUCGCAACCCCCGCGCCUAUUCAUACAACAGUUACAUGUCGGAUCUGUCGGAGGAGGCAAGGAUCAUCACGGAGGCUCUGGAGUUCCACGAGGAUGAGAAUGGCCGUAAACGAGAGGAUGCCGUGCAGAACGGCGGACCGCGUGACCCAAGCACAGAAUCACCACGAGCGUCACGCGAAAAUAUCGAGCUGCCUCCGUUGCAGAAAUCUAAUAUAAUGAUCGACCCUUUACCUAUUAGCAAGGAGAAGGAGAAGGUUCUUACGCGAACGCGCCCUAGUUGGCUGCCGCCCAAGGAUCAAAAGGAGGAGAAAAAGCACCUGAAGGAAUACCAGCAGAUGAUGGCCCAAUCAAAGGAGACUGAUAAACGCAAGGCUGCGCGAGCUGCGUCCGCUCAAUGCGAAAAGGACUCUACCCGAGCAACCCUUCAAAACAUUUGGGAUGAAUUCGUCAGCCCAAACUGGGAUCGGGCCUUGCGUGAACCACGUACUCGAGAACUUUGGUGGCGUGGAAUUCCACCUCGCAAUCGAGGAGAAAUGUGGAAGCGAGCUCUAGGCAACGAGUUGUCCUUGACCGAGGAGUCAUUUACGAAGGCACUUCAGCGAGCCAGGGACUUGCGCUCUAGGACCGAAAAAGAGCCUAGUGAAAGCAACAAACGAAUGCUUGAAUGUUUUGAUGCAAUCGAGAAGGACGUGUCACAAGCUUUCCCGGAUUUGAAUCUUUUCCAGGAGGGUGGACCGUUACGCGAGACUCUGAUCGACGUGCUACAGGCAUAUUCGAUGUACCGCAGCGAUGUUGGAUACAUCCACGGCCUUCAUUCCAUUGCUGCUCUGCUAGUUCUUCAAUUUCCCACCCCAAGCUCUGCAUUUGUUGCUAUGGCCAAUGCUCUCAACCGUCCUCUGCCAGUCGCUUUCCUUACCUGGGACCGUGGUGCUAUGGCACGCACAUAUACUUUAGCCUCGGAGACUCUGCGCUACAAAUUCCCUCGUCUCGCUGUUUACCUCAAUGAGACGCUCUCUCUGACGGAGGAAGAGAUCUGGGAACCCAUUUUCCGCACUUUACUCACAAAUGGCCUCGAUCUCGAGCGUGUGUCGCGUGUGUGGGAUUGCUGGGUCUUUGAAGGUGACCGCAUUAUGAUUCGCGCUGCUGUCGCUAUUCUUGGCUGUCUCCAAGCGCAAUUAUUCUCUUUCCACCAACCGGAUGAUCAGAGUCGUCUUACUGUGCGCAACAUCCUAGGCUGGGGACCUCGCCACGUCGGCGCGAACAACCAGAAACCCAAGGAUCGCCACAGCGCCCCUGCGGCUACCGGCUUCGGCGGUGGUCAACUCUCAAAUCCCGGUGUGGCCGACUAUUGGGUCUUGACGGCCGCUGGCAACGAGGACGGCUUCAUGACCGCAGUGAGAGAAGCUGGCAAAGUCCGGCAACAAUAG